GCGUCGCACUAAAACGCCGGAGGCUAGGUUUGAAACUACAAGGCGAAAAGAAGGAUCACAUUUGCUCCUCGUUGGUCGACUUUUCACACUGACUGAAAGGUUUAAUCUUGCUGCUUAUUGAGUCUGGAAGCCGGCAGGGAUGGCGGAGCAGGAGGGAGGCGCUCAGUCGGAAUUUUCCAGCUCAAUCCAAGUAGCAGUUCGUGUGCGUCCCCUCAACCCGCGCGAGCGCGACGAGGGCCUUCGCGCCUGCGUGAACUUCGAUGAGGAGACACGACAAGUCGUACUUUCGGCCGUGGACAAGAACACGCUGCUGCAGCUGCGCGGUGCCACCGCGAAAGGAUAUGCGUUUGAUCGACGCUACGGCCAGGAUGUGACGUCGGACGCAAUUUAUGACGACUGCGUCGCACAGCUGGUGGAGGCGGUCUUCAAGGGAUAUAACGCGACAGUGCUCGCCUAUGGCCAGACGGGUUCGGGAAAGACGCACACGAUGGCCGGUGGCGCGGGUAUUCACGGUGUUGUGGAGCAGGGCAUCACGCCUCGGGUGAUUCAGCACAUCUUCGCGCUCGCGGAGGCUAUCCGAAAGAAGGAGAAGCCUGGCGAGAAGACACAGAUCGCGGCAUAUGGCUUGGAGCUGUACAAUGAGGACCUGCGCGACCUGGCGCUGGCGGGCGGGCGCGAUGAGAGCGCCAAGGGCUGGGACGGCAAGGGUGGCAACCCGUCGGCGCUGAAGCUGCAGGAGCGCCCGGUCGGCAAGGAGGGUCGUGUCGUGCCGGAGGUGGUGGGUGUGACUGAGCGGGUGGUGAGCAGCGCGGAGGAGCUGACGAACUUCUUCAACCAGUGUGUGGAUAACCGCUCCACCUCUUCCACAAAGCUGAACGACAGAUCGUCCCGCUCGCACGCCAUCUUCACCAUCACUAUCCAGCGCACCAUCGUGGAGGUGCUCAACGAGCUGGGCUCGGACCUGAAGGCCAAGGUGCGCACAAGUGAGUUCACCAGCAAGCUGCACCUGGUGGACCUGGCCGGCAGCGAGCGCGUCAAGCGCUCGGGCGUGACGGGCAAGGAGCUGAAGGAGGCCACGCACAUCAACAGCGGCCUGCUGGCGCUGGGCAACGUAAUCGUGGCCCUGGCGGGCGAGGACCGCGGCGCGGAGGGCAGCGCCAAGAAGGAGACGCCUGGUGUGGAGAAAAAGAAGGCACACGUGCCGUAUCGGGACUCGAAGCUGACUCGCCUGCUGCAGGACUCGCUGGGCGGCAACAGCCUGACGGUGCUGAUCAGCUGUAUCAGCCCGUCGGAGGCGGAUUUUGAGGAGACCAAUAACACCCUGAAGUACGCGAACCGCGCGUGUAAAAUCAAGAACCAGCCGCUCCCAAACAGGUUCACCACGCUGGAGGAGGACCUGCUGCCCACCAUCCCCACCGCGGGCAUGGGCAACUCGCUGGGCAUGAUGCAGCUGCAGGCGCUGUUGGCGGACCACGAGCGGCUAAAAGAGAACCGCGAGCGCCGUGAUCGCGAGCGCCAGGAGAAGGAGGCAAAGCGGAUGGCGGCGCUCAUGUCCAUGCGCGAGGAGCAGAUGAAGGCGAAGGGCUUCCAGCGGUUGCGCGCCACGCAGUACGACGAGCUGCGGCGGCGGCUGGCAGGCGGGACAGGCACCAGCAUCCCCACCGACCAGGUCAUCGGCGACGACCUGCUGAAGGGCUUUGGCAACCGACUGCGGCUGAGCCAGGUGGCCAGUUCGCAGGAGGGGCUACCGGCGGCCGGCCCGGCCUCCGCACGGCGGUCAACUGCGGCUAGGCCGGGCAGCAGCAGGCGUCCAGGUGCCGGCGCGGCCGCUGGGGAAGAGGGCACUGCCUCGCCGGGCGGCACCACUCCGUCGCGGCCGCGGCCAGGGGCGUCGACCGCCAAGUCGGUGGGCAAGUCCAGCUUCGCAUCGUGGCUGGCGUCUCAAGAGGCCAGCGACGCAGCCGCAGCCGCGGGUGGUGGUGGCAGCGAGUUCGGUGGCCACGACGACUUCUAUGAGCAGGGCGAGGGCGAGGCGGAGGCAGACAUUGGCACGGAGGACUUUGCCGCGGCGGAGGCGGGUGAGGGGGCCGACGAGUCCAUGUUUGCCGACGAGGACCCGUCUGGCGGCGUGGGCGCAGCAGGCGACGGCAGCGGUCAGGAGGAGUCCAUGUUUGCUGAGGAGGACGACGCAGGGGCAGCAGCGGCGCCCGUGGCGGCCAAGUCCAAGUUCCGCAGGGCGCAAAAGGCUGGCGCGGUCGGCGCAGGCGUGGCUGGCGCUGGCGGCAGCGAGGUGUCGCUCACGGAGCUGGAGCGGGCCGCGGCGGCGGCCGAGGGCGAGGGCGAGGGCAGCCAGACGGACGGCACCGCGGCGCGGGAAGAGGACGCGGGCGGCUACGACCUUCUAGACGAGGGCGAGGUGCCCAAGCUGCUGGCGCGGUUCAAGGUGAAUCAGCACGACACGUUGGCGGUGUUCAAGGCCUGCACCAAGGAGGACUUUAAGGACGUCAUCAGCCUGCUGCCCGAGAACACGCCGCUGCCCGCCAGCGACAAGAUGACCUACCUGCUGGCGCGCCUGGAGGUAAACCCCGGCCGGGACAUGGCGGCAGCGCUGCUGAGCGUGGCGACCGGGGAGUCUACGAUGAAGGAGGCGGUGGGGCCGGCGGUGGGCUGCCUGAUGGCCACCUUCGGCACCAACAUGAUCGCCUCCUGCAUUUUCGAUUUUGAGGACCCGGAGGACCUGCGGUACUAUGGCGUGGACGAGCGCAUCGAGCUGUGGGGGCUGCAGAUCCCGCACACAAGCGUGCGGCCGGCACUGGCGGAGGGCUUGACAGAGGAGCAGGCGCUGGCGGCGGCGGCAGAGUCCACCAAGGACAACACCAUCACGUGGAGCAGCGUGGACCGCCUCAACAUGUCCAUAGGCCUGCUCUAUGCGCUAUGCAACCACGCAAUUGAGAACGGCAUUCGCUGCGGCUUCUGUGUGCCGCGCCCCCAGCUGCUGAAGCGUUGGAUGCAGGCCGGUGUCAAGAUGGAGCAGGUCAAGACCGCUCUAACACUCAUCUACCCGCAGUCGGCGCACGACUACGAGUACUACCGCGCCUCCACGGUGGCGUGGUUCAUGGUGGCCGAGGUCAAGGCGAAGCUGGAGCGCGUGCUGGGCAUCGUGCACUGAGGGGAGGGCGGCGGAGCGCGCGCGCGUGCGUAUCCUACCUAAUCGAGAGCUGUGUGCAUUGAGCGCGUGAGUUCUGUCAAAGGCGCUGCGGGCCAGCAUUCUGGCCGGUCAAGGCUUCCACAGGGAUGCUUUCUUAGUGACGACGAGCGCGGAAAGCAGUUCGCGCCUUGCUUGUCGUCGAGAGUGCGGAGAAACGCUUCGUAGCAAGGUGAAGAAGAGCGCUGCUUUGCUGGCGUGCCAGUCCAAUGUAGUACAGGCAAAGAUGCUUGCCGGAGGCUGCUUUAGUCCUUGCUGUAAAGUGUGGUCUUGGCGUGCGACAUAUGGGCCGCGUCGCAAGAGCUUAAGGUGCGUCGAACAGGUGAGGAAUUCAACGAUAUGGGUGCUGCGAGCAUGGUGCUGUCUGCUUUCUGAGGCCGAGAAAGUCGCUGUGUGUAUGAUCCGCGCAUGGAAUGCGUAUGCGAUAUGGUGAGGGAUGGACCACGCGCAACACGCAUUCUGGGAUAGCCGAGCACGCGAUAAGCGAUUACGUGGAUGCUGCAUGUGGGGGUAGGGUGAUAGGCUACCAGUAUGGAAUCGCAUGCGACGCGGCGUAGGACUGCCCACGAAGGGCCGGGCCUCCGUGCAAUCGGCAAAUCUAGGCAAAUGGCCAUGAAUUCGGGGAAGGCAUGUUGGCGACAGCAUCGGCCCCAUAUAGAUGACGGGCGCCAACUGCACAGCCGCGUGGCAGCGAGGGACACGGCAAGGUUGAAUGAGAGGUGCGGCGCACAGUGCUCAGCCCUGAGCUUGGCCCUGAGGAGUAUCCCGACGGUUUCGCGGACCAUCGGACAGCUGCGGUCCCUCUGCCAGCGGUGACGAAGAGACCGGUUCCGGUUGGAGCAUUGGAGGUGAGUGUAGUAGGACAGUCGGUAAAAGACACAUCUAGGUGCCACAGGGCGCCGUCCGCAGGGUUAUAUACUUGUGUGUCGUAGAACUUCCGUGUUCCGCCCACAGUGAGCCUCGCUUUGGGUCCAUGACACAGCAACGAGGACUGCAGCGUAAUGUCUGCAACGUAAGGACUUGCAGGUCGUCAAACCAGGGGGAAUAGCCGAAUAUAGGG